CAGUAGAGCUUUUUCCAUAACAUUUUCAGUAAACACAGAAAGCGUUUUAUUUUUUUUUGUUUUUUUGGGUUUCCUUUUUAUUUUUGUUGUGAGCUUUUGUUUAUCGUUUUCUAUUUGACCUUGAAAAAUCAUGCUUUGAAGUCUUUCAUUUUUUGGAAGCAGAUUAGGGUUCUGAUCUGGGAUUCCUAUGCUCAGACAAUUGCGGCUUCCUAUCCUUUAAAAAUGCUCCGAAGGAUUUAUUUCGUGGAAUCGUCAGCAUGUGUUUGCUUCAUAUUAGAUUGAAUGCUGGGUUGUCAUCUACUCAAUCAUGCUUAUCCCUCAUCAUUGGUCUUUUUGAAUCUGGUUGAUGGGGGUUGUUCAAGCAAACAAUGAUGGUGGUGGGGAGGGAGGGUUGGUGAAUAGAGAGAACAGUACAUGGGAUGAGGGAAAAGAAGUUAGGAAUGGAAUGGUGGGUGAGGGGCAAGGCUUGGGCUCAUCUGAGGAAGAUGAGCCUGGGAGCAAUGAGAUAAUUGAAGGUGCAAAUAAGGGGUCGGAAGAAGCAAUCCAAGUCCAUGAUGGGCUGCAGAAUUUGCAGCAACAGUCUCAAGGGUCAGCAAUAAAUUGGGAUAGGUUUCUCCCCAUUAGAUCACUGAAGGUUCUUCUGGUGGAAAAUGAUGAUUCGACACGCCAUGUAGUCACUGCUCUGCUUCGGAAUUGCAGUUAUGAAGUUACUGCUGUUGCAAACGGUCUUCAGGCAUGGAAAAUCUUGGAAGAUUUGUCCAAUCAUAUUGAUAUCGUCCUAACAGAGGUAGUCAUGCCCUUUAUAUCGGGAAUUGGUCUUUUAUGCAAGAUCAUGAGCCACAAAACUUUCAAGAAUAUUCCUGUGAUUAUGAUGUCAUCCCAUGAUUCUAUGGGUAUAGUCUUUAAGUGUCUGUCCAAGGGUGCAGUUGAUUUUUUGGUGAAACCUAUUCGAAAGAAUGAACUUAAAAACCUUUGGCAGCAUGUUUGGAGAAGAUGCCACAGUUCUAGUGGUAGUGGGAGCGAAAGUGGCACACAGACUAAAAAAUCUGUGAAGUCAAAAAGCAAUGAUGAGUCUGAAAACAAUACGGGCAGCAGUGAUGAGCGUGAUAAUGGAAGUACUGGCCCAAGCAUUCGGGAUGGAAGUGACAAUGGAAGUGGUACCCAGAGCUCAUGGACAAAAAGAGCAGCUGAAGUUGACAGCCCCCAACCAUUAUCACCGUUGGAUCAAUUGGCUGAUGCACCUGAUAGCACUUGUCCCCAGGUAAUCCAUACAAAGCCUGGAACUUUAAGCAACCAGUGGGUGCAUGUUAUUGAAACAAAAGAAUGCCAGGGCAAGGAUGAACAACCUGGUCUGUUUCAUUUUUCAGACAAUGUUGCAAUGGGCAGAGACUUGGAAUUAGGAGUAGCUACAAAUCCAGCUGUACAACUUGAAUAUCAACAUGAGAAGUUUUCAACCUACCCAACAUGCAAGAGGCAGAAUAAAUUGCCUGAAUCAGAUAGUAAACCAUUUGAUAAAGGACACUUGGAACAUAACAGUGCAAGUGCCAAUUGUACUGACCCACAGGUAGAAAGCAGAACUUUUGAGAAUCCAAAUGGCCUUUCUGAUGUGUCACAGAUCAAAGACAAGGGAAGCUGUGAAACUACAGAACUGCCACCCCUUGACUUAAGUUUAAAAAGGCUGAGAGAAGCAGGAGAUGUUGGGGCCUGUGUGCAUGAUGAUCGCAGUAUUUUAAGACAUUCAGAUCUUUCAGCAUUCUCAAAAUACAAUACUGCUUCUUCUGCUAAUCAGGCUCCCACAGGGAAUGUAGGAAGCUGUUCUCUACUCGAUAAUAGCUCAGUUGCAAUGAAGACAGAAACAAUGCAUAAUUUCCCCUCUCAUGUGGAUGCCAUUCCUCCAAAUCAGCAGUCUAAUGGCAGUAGCAACAACAUUGACAUGGUCUCUACCACCAAAUAUGCUAUUCCCAAGUCAGAAGCUUACAACGAGAAAUCAGAGUCAACGUCAGCAUUUAAAUGUUUCCAUUCAUCUGCCUUCCAACCUGUAACGAAUGGGCGAAUGUUUCCACCACAGAAAGUCUCAUCUGGGAAGGCAGAUGAUGUGGUAGUUGACGCAGUUCAAGCACAAGUAAUAGGCUCACACCAGCAGGUCCAAGUCCAGCAUCAUCAUCACCACUAUCACCAUUAUCAUCACCAUGUCCACAGCAUGCAGGAGCAGCAGCAGACUGAUAAUGACGAUCUCUUUUUGAAGAACAUGGCAGCAGCAGCUCCACAAUGUGGAUCAUCAAAUGUGAUUGGUGGACCCACUGAAGGCAAUCCUGGAAACUACAGUGUAAAUGGGAGUGCUUCGGGAAGUAACCAUGGGAGCAAUGGACAGAAUGGGAGCAGCACUGCCUUGAACGUGGGUGCAACAAACAUGGAAGGUGACAAUGGGGCGGCUGGAAACAGUGGAGCUGGUGCCAUCAGCGGAAAGGGUGGUGGAAAUAGAGUUGAAGAAGACCGGUUUGCGCAGAGAGAGGCUGCCUUGACUAAAUUCCGUCAGAAAAGGAAAGAGAGAUGCUUUGAAAAGAAGGUUCGUUACCAAAGCAGGAAGAAACUGGCAGAACAACGACCACGUAUUCGAGGACAAUUUGUCCGGCAAAAUGUGUCUGACAACAAAGCAGGGAAAGAUGGGCAAAGCGACGACCCUUCGUCUGCGAACAAUUCUUGUGAUGGUGGUAUUCGAUAACAUAGGCUGGGAUACAGUUUGCUAACCCCACCUUUGUGCCUGAUGGUGAAUUCAGAUUUGUACAUUGAACCAGCACUAGUCGUCUACUUAGGGAAGGAGUGUCUGGGUAGGGUGUUUAGGGCUCUUAUCUUUUGUGAAACCGAAACCCCCAGUGUUUAGAGACUUUAAUCUGAUACUGUAGGCCACCUUUUACGACUGUUAACUUCAAUGCCACCAUGGAUGGAUGUUACCCUUGAAAAGGGUUAGACUCCUCCAUGUGAUAAAACUUAUGUCUGUGUGGUGCAUUUCCUAUUUAGUUCAUACUUGAAAGACCUAUUUUCUCGUUUUUGGUGAAGAGAUAAAGGUAUGUUCUUUAGUUUGUCAA